AGAACCAAAAUUAGAAUCUCUGUCCAAAGAUAUUUUAUGGGCCUAAUGUACAAAAACGGUAGGUCUGAGAUGCCAGAUUUUCGGAUUUUUUGCAGACAUAGGAAGGCUCUGUGACCGCUAUUUGAUAGCUGUAAAGUCAGAAGAAAAAGGCAAAUAAUUAAAAAAAAACUAUACUACUACUAUAAGGCCAAUUGAAGUUUCUUAGAAUGAACCAUUCCAUAAGAUACUAAAAGUUAACUAUUCCUUUAAGGCUGUAUUUGCCAAGAUACAAGCUGUACACUUGUCUCCAUUCCUAUGUUGUAGAAAAGAAUUUCGGUGGCACGCAGGAUUUUAGGCUGCAGGGCAAGCCCUUGCAAUUUUUUAAUGCAGUGCAGGUGCAACGUUUCGGGGUCACGCCCCUUUGUCAAGCAUCGGUGUGAGGUUAACCGAAAAUCUUCUUGGCUCCAUUCCUAUGUUGGCAGUCAGCAGAAAUGCCCUGCGUUGCAGUUGUUUAUUGCCAUUAAGAUUUAGACACAAGAGAUUGGGUAACAGGGAACAGAAUAAUUGCACCCCGGCUUUGGGCUGUAUGAGUGGUAGAAGAAGGGAGAAUAACAAGUCACAGGCAAAUUGUGCACCUGGAGGUGUGACAGCAAAUAAAUGUGGAGCAGAACACCGGUACAAAGGAAGUUCGCAAAUUUUCCAGUGAAACAGGAGAAAUUCGCCCAUCACUACUCAGCAGCAGCUGGAGAACUGGAAGUGCCAACGAACCACAUGUCUGACAUCUUUGCACUUUUGUGAUGUCAUCCCACAUUUUAUCUUCAGUAAACUGCCAGUGCAAUGCAGUUCAACAUCAGGAAAUAACAAGUAUUGUACAGAAGAGAGAAGUUGGCCGGUUUUAGAGAGAAGUAUAAAGAGUAGGAGUUGGAGAGCCAGCAAGGAGAGACCGCUGGAAGGACAAAGUGAUAGAAGGAGACUAGAGGAGAAGAAGAAGAAUGCAAGCACAGUCGGUAUAGACAGAUACAACAGCAGUGGUAAACAUGGCUCCGAUCCCAAAGAUGAACCAACCCAUCUGUCUAAUUGAGAAUGAACCAGACAAAAAGAUCUGUUUGAAUCAAGAAGCCAAGCAAAUUCUGGAGAAGAUCUCACAGCCAUUGGUGGUGGUGUCCAUUGUAGGACCAUAUCGCUCAGGGAAGUCUUAUCUUAUGAACAAAUUGGCCAGAGUAAAGAAAGGUGGUUUCCCUUUAGGACACACGGUGGAGGCUAAAACAAAGGGCAUCUGGAUGUGGUGUGUCCCUCAUCCUGACAAAUCAGCACGCACCUUGGUUUUAUUGGACACAGAAGGACUGGGGGAUGUCCUCGAGGGUGAUACAAGGAACGAGAGAGCUAUCCUCUCACUCUCAUUGCUGUUGAGCAGUGCCCUGGUAUAUAACAGCAAAGGAACCAUAGAUGAAGAUGCCGUGAAAACAUUGCCUCACAGUGCAACAUCUGAACUAAGUGAGAGUAUUAUGAGAAGAUCUUCCCUUGAAGAAGAGAACUUGGGGGAUUCUCCAUUUACACCCCUUUUUGUUUGGGCUGUGAGAAAUUUCACUCUCAAGAUAGAGCUUGAAGGCCAGGCAGCCACUUCAGAUGAGUACUUGGAAAACAGCCUUAAGGAGAUCUCCUGUAAGUACAACCAUGGUAACCUGUAUUUAUUAAAUAGAUAUAUAUGGGGGAUUGUGGAGGGAAAUUAAAUAUUAACAUUACGGUCUCAACCAAAGUUUUCUCUCUAAGCACAAAUGUGGAAAAGGUCCAACAUAAAAAAGUGAAGUUCAUAUCAAAUACUUGCUCAGAGUCACUCUUUGCUUUGCACCCACAAACGAUAAUUUUGGGGCACUAACUCAAAAAUAGAGGGAAUGUUGAUUGUGUUGCAGGAACAUGACAAUGGCAUGAGUCAGCAGACCAUAAUAUCACAGAGUGAGCAUUGACAUACUCCAUGAGCUUACAAAACGUGGGUAAGCAUACCUAAUAAAUAAUUAAUCAUAUUUCUAUUCAGGCCUCUCCUAUUCAUAUUCCAGACUCUAAUCCAAAUCGAUGCAUGGUUGCUAGGGUAAUUUGGACCCUAGUAACCAGA